AUGGGCUUCGUCAGAGCAGAGGAUGUUCACCACCGUGCGCAGCCGCGCGCUCUCACGCACAGACUUUGUCCGCCUCAGCAGGGAGCCUCUCUCCCCGCGCAGUUUUCGUUUUCAGCUUCGGUUGGUCGGGGGAGAGUCUGGCAGGAUGGAAGCUCUCUGACCGCCUUCAGACCUAUCCGCACAUCUCCGCUACGCGCAUCACGGCUUCCCUUAGCAACGGCGGGCACACCUGUCGAGCUUCAGGCUCCAGUCAUGAGAAGAGAAAGAAGCUCGCGUCCUCUGUCUGUGCUGGUCUGCUUCAUCGCUCUGUGGCAAACACGGUCGAGAGCAGUCGGUAAUUCAACCCAGAACUCCAAAGAUAUUGCAACAUUCACCAAAAUCCUGGACAGUCUCCUGGAUGGGUAUGACAACAGACUCAGACCUGGCCUUGGAGACCGAGUGACAGAAGUAAAGACAAAUGUCUAUGUGACCAGUUUUGGACCAGUGUCUGACACAGAUAUGGAAUACACAGUGGAUGUCUUCUUCCGUCAAAGCUGGUUGGAUGAACGGCUGAAGUUCAAUGGACCAAUGAACACCCUUCCUCUCAACAAUCUGAUGGCCAGUAAGAUUUGGACCCCUGACACAUUCUUUCAUAAUGGCAAGAAAUCUGUGGCCCACAACAUGACCAUGCCCAACAAACUUCUGAGGAUCAUGGAAAAUGGAACGCUGCUCUACACCAUGAGGUUAACAGUUCAAGCUGAGUGUCCCAUGCAUCUGGAGGACUUCCCCAUGGACUCACAUUCAUGUCCUCUUAAGUUUGGCAGCUAUGCCUACACAAAGACAGAGGUAACUUACAUCUGGACAAGAAACGCCUCCCAGUCAGUAGAUGUAGCAAAUGAUGGGUCCAGGCUCAACCAGUAUGACUUGGUUGGACAGACUGUUGGAAAGGAGACCAUUAAAUCCAGCACUGGUGAAUACACAGUGAUGACGGCUCAUUUCCACCUAAAGCGGAAGAUUGGAUACUUUGUGAUCCAGACAUAUCUGCCCUGCAUCAUGACAGUCAUCCUAUCCCAGGUUUCCUUCUGGCUCAACCGGGAAUCAGUGCCUGCUAGAACUGUGUUUGGAGUGACCACAGUUCUCACAAUGACGACCCUGAGCAUUAGUGCCCGUAACUCUCUGCCAAAAGUGGCCUAUGCCACUGCCAUGGACUGGUUCAUUGCAGUCUGCUAUGCAUUUGUCUUUUCUGCUCUCAUUGAGUUUGCCACCGUUAACUACUUCACCAAGCGAGGCUGGGCUUGGGAUGGAAAAAGUAUUGUCAACGACAAGAAAAAGGAAGCGACUGUCAAGAAGGAGAAGAACACCUAUGCUGUAGCUGUGGCAAACUACAAACCCAACAUUACUAAAGACUCAACACUGCCCACCAUCUCCAAGUGCACUCUGAACGAGCCCAACAAGAUCACAGGAGGAACGAAGCCCGAGCAGAACAAGAAAACCUUCAACAGCGUCAGCAUAAUCGACCGCAUCUCCCGUAUUAUGUUCCCUGUGUUGUUUGGUACCUUUAACCUAGUCUAUUGGGCCACUUACCUGAAUAGAGAAAAAGUAAUCAAAGACCUGGAUCCAUCUAAAUGAGCAGGAAGGGUCCAGCACAGCAACACGUCACACAUUCAGGACAACAACGCUUAAUUACUGCUGCUUUGGUUACGUAAACCUAUCUUCUCUCAUUACUGGACACAGUAUUCAGUCAGUAUAGAUACACGUUUCUAAAUAAGCUUAGAGCACACAGAAUUUUCAUUAUUUUUUUCUUAAAGAUAUAUGAUGAUGAAAUUAUAUAAAAUACAGCAUAAACCAGGAUACCUGAAAUGCUGCAGAGUAUAUUGUUCUGCAGCUCCCCUCAGGUUCAAAGAGGCGUUUUCUCUUCACUUUUACCAAGUUUACAAAAGUUUACAGUCUUAGAAAAAUGACUGUCCACAACCUGCUUGGAACCAAUCAGCAGAAAGAUGAAGCAAUCAGAUUUUUAUGAUAUCAGGUGGGCUGUGCAGUUUAUGGGAAUGAGCAUUCCAAGAAAAAUUACUACAAUAAUAACAAAUAUCUGAUUUUUUUUUCAAAUACUGUAUAAAUACACUCAGACAUAUAUAUUAAUAUAAAGUUUAGCACAAAUAUUUACAUACACUGUAUGAAAGGAAGCUGCAUAGUGGCACACUGUAACACAGUGUUAGCCUCAGUUUUUUUAUGCAUGGAGUUUGCAUUGUCUCCCUGUGCAUGGAUGAGUUCUCCCUGGGUACUCCAGCUGCCCCCCACAUUCUAAAAACUGUUUGGUUACUCUAAAUAGCCCCUAUAAAUGUGUGUGUCUGUGAAUUAUUUGUCAUGUUUGUCUCUGUCUUGUCCCGUGAUGGACUGGUGACUUUUUCCACGGUAUACUGCCCCCAGGCUAUCUAUCCAGCUUAAUGACUGCUGGAGGUAGGCUCCCCCGGAUCCUGCAAGGAUAGGUGGGUACAAAUAAUAGAUAGAUGUGAUAAAUGACAUAUAAUAUUUUUUUUUCUCACUGUCUCACAUUAACACCAAAUGUUCUUGUUUUAGAUCAGUUUAGAUAUGUAGAACCAACAAAGCACCAAUUCUAUAAUACUGAUUCACAACAAAUGCCAUGUAAAAGCGCUUUACAAAAUUGACUAAUGCCAUUGAUUGACAGAAAUAUGAAGUAAAUUCAAUCCAUCACAUAAAUAGACAGAUUUAACGUUAAUUACAGUCACUGUUUGAUCCCAGAAAAACAAAGAUGUAAAGUUCAGUUUAUUAGGUCAAUUGGUAAAAUGUUUUCUAUCUAACGAAACCUACCCAAUUGCUUCAAGUUAUUAACUUUGCACAAAUCACUCAUACAUGUGGGGAAGGUGGAAAGGAAAACUCCCUCAUGUGUAUCCUACGAGCAUGUGGUCAAGGCAUGCUAAGCUUCUGACUUCUUAAUCCACAACAUUUGAAUUAAACAAAAACACAUGAGGAUGUAUGUCAAGGCGACAUCUCAAAUAUAUUGUGUCUUUGCUUGAAAUAAAUUACCCAAGAUUUAUUUUGGCAGAUUUUUUUUGCAAACAUAAAUCAGUCAAGAUAUUAGAGUACAUACUAAUACGCUCCUACUAAUACUAACAAGGUAUUAGUAAGAGAGUACUUACUAAUGUCUUGUAAGUAAAUUACAUCAUAGGUACAAUUUUGAGGUUCCUGAAGAUGUCAUGUUGUAAAAAACAGAUUGAAACAAUUAUGUAGCUAUAAAUACCAUGGAUGUCCAGCCAUUACGCUGUUCAGAAAGGCGUCAUGUUCUGUUUCCCAGGGGAAAACAUGUUGUGGUGCUAAAUGUUUGAAUCAAACGUAGAACAUAUUUUGUAAAGAUAGCUAAUGGUGAAGCUCAUCUUUUACUCCAUGGGCUGCGAGGCCACUCAGAGAGGAAGAAGUCAAAACUCAAAAAGCAAAAUAAAAAAACUCACAGUGUGCAAAUACACUCAGACCUAAAUACAAUAAGUUUUCACUUCUGCUGACACUUUCAGAUGAAGUGUGGUAGAAAUAGGUUUGGAGACUUCACUGUGUUACAGUUUGUACAGCUGUUUUAUGUAGCAAAGCAGUUAAAACCAGCUUACAAAUCAUCUGUUCGCUUACGGCUCGCUAAUACCUGCAACUCAUUUGAAACGCAAAUACAUUAUAGAUUCAAAUGCAGUGUGGACGAACUUUAUAUGUUGGUAAUGGGCCAAAAGAAUAAUGUUUUCUCUACAUAUGGAGGUUACCUCGAUAAGAGUGAAGGUCCAUAUAUUUUUGUUUCUUGUUAACAAGUGGUGAGCAGAUAGUAAAUCAGAGUGAUUUGUUAAUUGCGGCUUAAUAUGUAGUAGUUAUAGCAUUGUUCCAUUUCAUUCCCAACCUCCUAAGACCUUUACUCCCAAAAUGUAACAUUUUCCGGAAUGGAAAUAAACAUUUAACAGAGAACCCUGAAGUGGAACCUGAACUUGCUGGAGGGACCGAAUGUCAUUUCUGACCUGAGAACACUUAGGAUCCCCCAUGAAAAGCUCCAGGAAUAAGAUAAGGGAACUCUAAAUUACAAAAAGGGAUUCAUUUGUGAUAUCUAACAGAGAUUUGAAGCAAGUUCUUUCAAGUGAAAGUUAUUAUGGGGAAACAGAGUACUUGACAUCUUGUGCUUCAAGAAACAAUAGUCAAACGUAGCAUGACUGGCUCUGGAAACACAGCUCAGAGUCUACAAGCCAACACUUACUUUGCAGAUGUAGAAAUCACUGGUACUAAUGUGUUUUACAUGCCGAUUUAUUGUCUAAAUACUGCUCAGGCAAUUUGAGCAUGUGCCUUAAUCAACCAGCAAAUGAGUGCUUAAUGAAAUUCUCGGCUGUCUGGCAGUGGAUUUUAAAUUUUGAUGUUUUGUUGCUUCCAAUGUUUGGUAUAACGCAUAUCCAAAUCUUUUACUUUAAUUUAUUAAUUAAUGUUACGUCCUCGUCUCCAAUUACGUAAGACAAGAAAAGAACCUGGCUGUGGGUCUAAGAAAAUGCUCCAAAGCUGUUUGAGGAUUUCUCCGUGAAAUCACUUCUUCCAGUGAUGUAUAUUGCCAUUUUGGAUGUCAGCAUGCCAACAUAAAAAGGGUGAGACAAACUGUCAAGAAUGUUUCUUAGUGUAAGUACGACAGGACAACAUGUUGCUGUGAUGCCAAUAUUGAAUUAUUCAGAUGAUCCAUCUUCACUUUUCACUGCCAAAGAAGAAAGAUGAUAAAGAGGAGGAGAACUUAUGGAGUUGCCAGAGUUUAGUAAUCCCAAUAUCUCAUCACAAUGCCAGGUGUUUUUGCUUGGUAAAAUAAGCUAAACUACCCAGCCUGCAGGGCAGAUCAAAGCUGAGAAGAGUCCUAACAGUCCUGUGCUUGUAAUCCAGAAAUCUGAUUUAACCAUCUAACUCAGCAGCAAAUAAACAAUGUCUACAAAAUAGUCAUCUUUCCUAUCUGAAUUAGAUUGUUUUACAGCAGCACAGCUGGUGUCUGUUCCAAUACUUUAUUUCACUGCUGUGGUUAUCAGAUCAAUAUUUAUGGUGAAGGUAGAUAUCCAGUCUACUAGUUUAUUUUACAUAACAAGCAGUUCUAUAAAAAAAGUAUUUCCCCCUCUAUGGAUUUUUUGUUUUCGUUUUUUCUCACUUUCAUGUUUCCAAUCAUAAGACUGAUUUUCAUAUUUUCAACUAACAAUUUUAAAGACAGCAUUUAGGAACACAGCUAUCUAAGCUGAACCCCUGUGUUACAGCUGGUAUUUUCAAAUAAGAGUUUGUUAAAAUUCCUGCACAGUGAUGUAAAAGAAUAAUUGCAAUUGCUGUAAAUGUCACCAGUGACAGAACCACUAGGUAGAUUCAAACAGUCAUAGAGGGUAAAUACUUUUUGACAACACAGUAUAUCAUAUGACAUAAGCUGUGCUACUUAUAGAUGUGAUAACCAAUGAGAUAAGAUUGAAUAUUUGCUGUAAGAUGUUCUAAUCUCUCAGGAAAGAAAAAAAAAAUCUCUGUGGAAAAUAUGUUUUUCACAGUACUUCCCAAUGGCACAGCUGUGGAUCAUCUGUCUGCUCUUGUGGCUUUUGUAUUUUUAUGUAUCUGUUAAGAAAUGCAGGGAUGAUAUGGACCCAGUGUUUCUAGAUGUAACAAUCUAGUUUUUUUCUCCAAAAUCUGUGCUGUAGCUAACAGUCUGCAGCUGGCACGGGUGUCAAUAGAAGUUUAUCACCUCCUUACUUUCUAUGAAGAAAACAAUGAUGUCAUGCUACAAAUGCCAUAAUAACAAACCAAGCUUUGGAAUUUCUUCACCACACCAACAAUAUGUUAAUUUGGUAAUUUCUGCUCUUCUAGUUGUUUCAAUUGUUGCAAAUCAAUGUGUGCUGUCUUAGUAGUUUAGUUUUGUAUAAUGCAUACUUUUUUAUGAGGCAGCAGAAAGUGAAAGGUGCAUUAAAAAUCAAUGAGAUGUUGGCUCAUUGGGUCACAGUAAUGUAGCCCUGGAUUACCAAAAAAUAUUUUGGUAAAUCUUUUAAGACCUCAUUGCUUAGCCUGUAGCUUUUUCAAAGCACAUGCUAUCCAUCUUUCCUUCCCUAGUUUUAAGUUGCAUACUACAAAAGCUUGUUCUGACUGGAUGCACGUGUUUGUUUCAAUGAAAUUUGUACUCGCUGUCUUGAUGUUUGUCUCUGUGGUGUUAUUGUUUUUGUUUAUUAGCAUUGUUCUAUAAAAAAUGUAGCACUUAAGAAGGACUCACGCUCCUAUACAUUCCCUUCAACAAAAAAACACUAUUAGCACUAAAAUAUAUUGAAUACUAUAUAUGUGUAAAAUUGCAAUCCUUUUAAAUGACAUUUAUUGAAAGCAACUUUUGUGCAUUUAUUAUGUGUAGCUAUAUAAACACUGUGCUUUUGAGAUACUUUACAAUUUAUUGGUAUUUUAGAGGAGUGAAUUUAUUUUGUUUAUGCUUGAAACUUUCUCUGUAUGAUUAUCAAAAUAUGAGUCUUUUGUGCUGUUGUAUUUUCAAAGAAGACUAAAUAUUUCUGUAAUAAAGAUGA